AACCUAUUUAGUGUACAAGAAAAAUUCGUCUAGAGUAGAAGCGUGUCACGGGCAGAGUGGUUUUGUGAAGAGAAAAAAAGUUCCAUUUGGAAAAAAAAGAAUUGGAGUUUUCACUCUCUUUUGUGAAUUUGUGCAAUAUCGUCGUUAUAAUGCUAUUUGUGUUGCAUCAAAUGAAAAUGCAGCAGGAAGCUCAAGAGAGUCAGAAAUCAACACAACAACCCCUCUUGGUUCCCGGCAAGGAGUACAAAGUUCCAAUUGUAUGGAUCCUGGGAGGUCCUGGCUCCGGCAAAGGCACUCAAUGUGAUAAAAUUGUGGCGAAAUACGGGUUUAGUCACUUCAGUACUGGAGAUCUUCUACGUGAAGAGGUGGCUUCGGGAUCGGAGCUGGGAAAGCAACUCUCGGAUUUAAUGCAACGCGGAGAUUUGGUGCAGAAUGAGCACGUUCUGGCCCUCCUUGAGAAAGCUAUGAGGAAGGUGGAGGACUCCACUGUGGGCUACCUCAUCGAUGGCUAUCCUCGUGAAAAGUCUCAGGGAGCUGCCUUUGAGGCAACCAUCGCUCCAGUAAAUCUCAUUCUAUACUUAGAAUGCCCCGAAGAGACAAUGGUCCAACGAAUUCUAUUUCGUGCCUCCCAGAGUGCCCAAGUUCGCGCUGAUGACAAUGAAGCCACAAUUAAGAAUCGCAUUCAUAUUUUUCACACAAACACCGAAGAAAUUCUCUCGCAGUACGGAGAUAAAGUUAAACGGAUCCCUGCUGAUCGUUCGAUCGAUGAGAUUUUCGGGGAUGUUGAAAAAUAUUUAGACGAAUUGCUGGCUAAAAAGUAAAAUAACAAAAAAAGACACAAAGUGAUUUCCUGCUCUGUUGCAUUAAGUUCUCUCUCAUCGCAAAGCAAAUUGCAAAUGAAUUGUGUUUAUUAUUUAUUAAAUUGUUGAAGUUAA